UUCCAGCUGCUGGGCUGCCAGCACAUCCCGGAGGUGGCGGUGACGGCGUGCCUGGUGUGGAAGGAUUGGCCGCACCGCGUGCACCCGCNGGGUGUUUUUGGGUGUUUUUGGGUGGAUUUUGGGCUCUGCCGGGUGCUGCUGCGCCCCCCGAGCAACCCCCGGCACAGUUUCAGCAACCUGGGCAUCCAAUGUGUGAAGAAGAAGGAAAUCGAGGCCGCCAUCGAGAAGAAGCUGCAGCUCGGGAUCGACCCCUUCAAAGGUCAGAACCGCCCUGGAAUUUCCCGGAAUUUCCCGGAAUUUCCCGGAAUUUCCCCUGAAUUUCCCGGAAUUUCCCGGAAUUUCCCGGAAUUUCCCCUGAAUUUCCACCUUUCCUCCACCACGACGUCGGAGCUGCGCAUCUGCCGCAUCAACAAGGAGAGCGGCCCCUGCACGGGCGGCGAGGAGCUCUACCUGCUCUGCGACAAGGUGCAGAAAGAGGACAUCGCGGUGGUUUUCCGGCGGGAGCCGUGGGAGGCGCGGGCUGAUCUCUCCCUUGGGGAUAACGGGGAUAACGGGGUACCGGGAACACCCGGGGUACAGGUGCAGGUACAGGUGCAGGUGGAGGUGUUCCUACAGCGCCUCACCGACAGCGUCAGGAGCGAGGGGUUCCGCUUCACCUACCUGCCCCGGGACACCGACGCGUACCGGGUGCAGGUGAAGCGCAAGCGGGGAAUGCCCGACCUGCUGGAGGAGCUCUCGGGGACAGACGCCGCCCUCCCCGCGGAGCCGGAGCCGCUGGAUCCCCUUCCCCAACUCUUCGCACCCUUCGGGCCCUGCGCCGCCCGGGCGGAAUUCCCCAAAUUCCCGGAAUUCCCGGAGUUCCCGGAGUUCCCCAAAUUCCCGGAGUUCCCGAAAUUCCCGGAAUUCCCGGAAUUCCCGCUGGGCCCGGGCCCGGAGCUGCUCCUGGCCGAGCCGCCCCCGGCCGGGGACCCCCCCCCCAUUUCCAGCCUGCUGGGGUCCCACCUGUUCCCGGGGGGGGAGGGCUGA